AUGAUGAGUGAAGGGAGCUCUUCAUGCACAAGACCUGGAGGGGGAUCUUCAUGGGCUGUGCCAGGAGGAUGUGAGCGAGUUGCGAUUGCGCCCAAGUGCAACUGUGGCGUCUAUGCCAUUAUGUAUAAGUCAAGAACGACUAGUAACCCUAAUAGAGUGUUUCUUGGGUGUCCACUGUUUAAGGCUAAAGAACCGUAUUGCCGGUACUUUAUCUGGCUGGAUGAACAUUUGAAAAAAAUUAGGGCCGUCGAGUUUGAAGCCUUGGGUGCGGUGGAUGAAGCUGAGAGAGUAGCCAUUGAAGAACAGCUGCUUCGAAAUAAGGAUAUUGAGAAAAAAAUAGAAGAGUUGGAGAGGAAGCUGUUGUCUAUUGAAAGCAAAAAAAAAUUGAGUUUGUGGUAUAUAAUUGUGAUUGGUGUAGUAGUUGUUGUUGUUGUUGUAUGUAUAUUUAGGGUGUAA